CGCCGCCGCUUUCCGGGACUAAGACGUCUGCUCCGCCGCCUCCCCGCCCGUGACCGAGGCAGGAACCCAGCCGGUUGUGCGCCGAGGCCAGUCGCCACUUCUGAGUGGAAACAAAAUGUCAGUCAGCGUGCAUGAGAACCGCAAGUCCCGGGCCAGCAGCGGCUCCAUUAACAUCUAUCUGUUUCACAAGUCCUCCUACGCUGACAGCGUCCUCACUCACUUGAACCUUUUACGCCAGCAGCGUCUCUUCACCGACGUCCUUCUCCAUGCUGGAAAUAGAACCUUCCCUUGCCACCGGGCAGUGCUGGCUGCGUGCAGCCGCUACUUUGAGGCCAUGUUCAGUGGUGGUCUGAAAGAGAGCCAGGACAGUGAAGUCAACUUUGACAAUUCCAUCCAUCCAGAAGUCUUGGAGCUGCUUCUUGACUAUGCAUACUCCUCCCGGGUCAUCAUCAAUGAAGAAAAUGCAGAAUCGCUCCUGGAAGCUGGUGACAUGCUAGAGUUUCAAGACAUCCGGGAUGCGUGUGCAGAGUUCCUGGAAAAGAAUCUGCAUCCUACCAACUGCCUGGGAAUGCUGCUGCUGUCCGAUGCCCACCAGUGCACCAAGCUGUAUGAACUCUCCUGGAGAAUGUGUCUCAGCAACUUCCAAACCAUCAGGAAGAAUGAAGAUUUCCUCCAGCUGCCCCAGGACAUGGUAGUGCAGCUCUUGUCCAGUGAAGAGCUGGAGACAGAAGAUGAAAGACUUGUGUAUGAGUCUGCAAUUAACUGGAUCAGCUACGACCUGAAGAAGCGCUAUUGCUACCUCCCAGAACUGUUGCAGACAGUCAGGCUGGCACUGUUGCCAGCCAUCUAUCUCAUGGAGAAUGUGGCCAUGGAGGAACUCAUCACCAAGCAGAGAAAGAGCAAAGAGAUCGUGGAAGAGGCCAUCAGAUGCAAACUGAAAAUCCUGCAGAAUGAUGGUGUGGUAACCAGCCUCUGUGCCCGACCCCGGAAAACUGGCCAUGCCCUCUUCCUCCUGGGGGGACAGACUUUCAUGUGUGACAAACUGUAUCUGGUAGACCAGAAGGCCAAAGAGAUCAUUCCCAAGGCUGACAUCCCUAGCCCAAGAAAAGAGUUCAGUGCAUGUGCGAUAGGCUGCAAAGUGUACAUUACUGGGGGACGGGGGUCUGAAAAUGGAGUCUCAAAAGAUGUCUGGGUUUAUGAUACCCUGCAUGAGGAGUGGUCCAAAGCUGCCCCCAUGCUGGUGGCCAGGUUUGGCCAUGGCUCUGCUGAACUGAAGCACUGCCUGUAUGUGGUCGGGGGGCACACAGCUGCAACCGGCUGCCUCCCGGCCUCUCCCUCAGUUUCCCUAAAGCAAGUAGAACAUUAUGACCCCACAACCAACAAAUGGACCAUGGUGGCCCCACUGCGAGAAGGUGUUAGCAACGCCGCAGUAGUGAGUGCCAAACUCAAGUUGUUUGCUUUCGGAGGUACCAGUGUCAGUCAUGACAAGCUCCCCAAGGUUCAGUGUUAUGAUCAGUGUGAAAACAGGUGGACAGUACCAGCCACCUGUCCCCAGCCCUGGCGUUACACAGCUGCAGCUGUGCUGGGGAACCAGAUUUUUAUUAUGGGGGGAGAUACAGAGUUCUCCGCCUGCUCUGCUUAUAAAUUCAACAGUGAGACUUACCAGUGGACCAAGGUGGGAGACGUGACCGCAAAGCGCAUGAGCUGCCAUGCUGUGGCCUCCGGAAACAAACUCUAUGUGGUUGGAGGAUACUUUGGCAUUCAGCGGUGCAAGACUUUGGACUGCUACGAUCCAACAUUAGAUGUGUGGAGCAGCAUAACCACAGUCCCAUACUCGCUGAUUCCUACCGCAUUUGUCAGCACCUGGAAACACCUGCCUUCUUAAAUGUAGUACAUCCUACAGAAAGUGAGCAUGAGCUCAUUCCGUCACCGAGUGAGAUAAUACGAGAUUUCUACUUUGAAGAGGGCAAGCUUAAUGAAGAGAAAGAAAAAAAGGAAAAGAAGUUGCUACAAGACUCGAAUAACAUCCACUGCACCUUGUAAAUGCUCUAACUGAACAUGAAGGAAGGGGGAGAAGGAAGGGGGUGGGAUUUUCUGUGCAAGUAGCACAUGGUUUAAAUAUGAAUGAACGAACCUGUGGUCUAGUCCUUGUCUUGUAAUUGUGGAUUAAUGUCAGCAUUAAUCAGCCCCUCAAAGGGAGAGAAAAGCUGGGCCUUUUCCCUUGCUGUACCAUAUUCAGCAUUUGAUUUCCAUGGGCUCCACCAUUUAUGUGUAAAAUUUGAAAUGGUUGUCACCUCUCUCUGAGGAGCGAGCUUGAAGCUUCCACACCAGCUGCUGUUGGAGAUUCAGCCCAAUUGUGGGUCUAGGAGGGAAGCUGGCUGGGCUGGCCAAAGAAUGAGGACCCCUGGACUCUCCCUUAAGCUCUAAGGGGUUGUGCUCCCCAGGAGAGUUUCAGAACAACGGGGAUAUUGUUGGUAGCUAUUUGGUAGAUGUUCUUUUCUAUUUAUAAGUGACUUUAAACUUUCCCUUGGCUGUUAAGGAAUUUGUUAUAGAUUUAGCUAUUUAUUAUUGGAUGCCUGCAUGCUGAAACAAUGCUUAUUAUGGUUGUCUUCACGUGUGUGGACGUGUGUGAAUGGUUGUAUGUUUUGCACAUUUUGUGGCUGUUGAGAUGUGCUUUGCUGCGCACAAAUGAAAAUUUUUGAGUUACAAUUUGGAGUAUAACUGGAGGGUGGGUUGGGGAGGGGUGGAUUUUUUAAUUGUCAAGACAGGGAAGAAUUACAAAACGGAAACUUAAAUUACAUCCUGGAAGUAGAGAAACCAUGGAGGUCACUUACGUUAGACUCACCAGUUUUUAGUGGGGUUUCAUGGUGUAUAUGGCCAUGCUGAUGGGGCGAGGGGAGGCUUUUUUCUGCCUUCCUCCCUCCCAUCUGAUUCUCUUAAUUCAGUCUCAGCUGCUGAAAUUUGGAAAGGACCAAAUUGUUUUAUCGUUUUUUUCUUUGUGUAAUAUCCUGAAAUCCUGGAAAAUUCUAUGGAAUAGUUCUGUAUAUAGGGCACAGGUAAAGACAUUGUCCAAAGUUUAUUUAUUUAUCUAUUUAUUAUCCUAUGAGAUUGCUUUGCCAUAACCACAGUUAAUGGGAACAACUGAAAUAUUACAGUUGUAAAUUAAUUCACUGACCAAAUUUGCUUGACCUGGACUCGUUGUUGUUCUCUGUUCUUGCUGUACAAUUUAGCAAGUGCUAGAAGUUCCCCAAGACAGUAGUUAUAUUGGUACAAUGUAUACUUUAGUGCUCA